GUUCAGUACGGCGCUGAGACCAGCGUAGCCCUAUAGUACAACAACAACAACAACACCAGCAACAAGCAGAGUGACUGAAGCAAUAUCUGAAAAAACGAUGAUUUUUAUUCCAAAGAAUAAGGAAGAUAAAAAGGAUCUCACUGGCUACACCUUAGUUGUGCCGUCAGUGUGUGUGGGAAAUGUUGGCCAACUGGCAGUGGAUCUUCUUAUCACCAAUUUAUCCACAGAAAAGAUUGGUCUGAUAUUCCAUCCUGCUAUUUAUCCACUUGUUGGCAGUGAUCCAUAUGAUCCAAACAGCAAUGAGGUUACCACAAGUGCAGACCUUCACCUUGUAGCCAAGCUGUCUCUGGUCAUCAUGCAAAUCAGAGCUCCCCUAAUUAAGGGUGAGAAACAGAACUUCUUGUCAGAGUUAGCAGCCUGGUGUAAAUCAGUUGGGAUCAAGGAUAUAGUGUUGCUAGCAUCAUGCAAUGCUUAUGAACGCUGGGAAUACAAGCAGCUCACAGGGUCACAGCUCAGAUACCUCACCUCCAAAGUACCACAGGAGGAAAUAGAAAUGCUCAAAUCAAUUGGUGCAUCAGAACUGGAGGAGCGCAUAGAUGAGCUUGGUAAUAAGCAUCGUUUCUUAUCUGGAGCAGGAUUUGUAAAACAGUUCAUGGACACUUGUGACCUUCCAGUAGCUGCCUUGCUCAAGUUUGUUGAUGAAGGAGAUAACACAGAUGAUGCUUUUGUCCUUGUCAACUACCUCAAUGCAUGGAAAAAACUUGUGCAGGUUAGUGUUUUUGUGUGAUAAUCCACAUUAACCUUAAACUGUC